AUGGCUACCCAAGAAACAUUGCUAGACAGGCCUAAAAAAUCCAUUCCCAAAACAUUUUGGUUAAUCCUCUCUUUAGCUGCUAUCAUAAGCUCAUCAGCCAUUAUUGUUUCUCAUCUCAACAUACCAACCUCUUUCUUCCACCUCUCCUCAGCUCCCAAUCUGUGUGAGCAUGCUGUUGAUACAAAAUCAUGUUUAACUCAUGUAUCAGAAAUAGUUCAAGGCCCAACCUUGGCUAACACAAAUGAUCACAAGUUGAGCACACUCAUAUCCUUAUUAACUAAAUCCACCACACACAUUCAAAAAGCCAUGGAUACAGCCAAUGUUAUAAAAAGCCGAGUCAACCGCCGUAGAGAGGAAAUUGCUUUGAAUGACUGUGUGGAACUAAUGAACUUGUCCAUGGACAGAGUUUGGGACUCAGUGUUGACUCUAACAAAAGAUAACAUGGACUCACAGCAAGAUGCACACACAUGGCUGAGUAGUGUGCUCACUAACCAUGCAACUUGCUUGGAUGGAUUACAAGGUACAUCUCGGGUGAUUAUGGAAAGUCACCUUCAGGACUUAAUAUCAAGAGCUAGAUCUUCUCUCGCUGUGCUUGUUUCUGUUUUACCUGCAAAAGGUAACGACGGAUUCAUUGAUGAAUCAUUGAAUGGUGACUUUCCAUCAUGGAUAACGAGUAAGGAUCGAAGGCUUUUGGAGUCUUCUGUUAGGGACAUAAAGGCCAAUGUUGUUGUGGCUGAAGACGGGAGUGGCGACUUCAAGACUGUUGCUGAGGCUGUGGCAUCUGCACCUAAAAAAGGUAAGACAAGGUAUGUUAUCUAUGUGAAAAACGGAACCUACAAAGAGAAUGUUGAAAUCAGUAGUCAGAAGACGAAUGUGAUGCUUGUCGGCGAUGGUAUGAAUGCAACAAUAAUCUCAGGCAGCUUAAAUUUUAUUGACGGAACAGGCACCUACCAAUCUGCAACUGUUGCUGCUGUUGGGGAUGGGUUUAUAGCUCAGGACAUUGGAUUCAUAAACACGGCAGGCCCAGAGAAGCACCAGGCUGUUGCUCUCCGCGUUGGCUCUGAUCAAUCCGUCAUCAACCGCUGUUACAUUGACGCUUUUCAAGACACUCUCUAUGCACACUCCAACCGACAGUUUUACAGUGAAUGCUUCAUUACUGGUACCAUUGAUUUCAUCUUUGGAAAUGCAGCUGUUGUGAUCCAGAAGAGCAAAAUCGUGGCCAGAAAGCCCAUGAGAAACCAAGCAAACAUGGUCACAGCCCAAGGUCGACUAGACCCAAACCAGAACACUGCAACUUCAAUUCAGCAGUGUGACAUAAUACCAAGCACAGACCUCGAACCUGUCCUAGACUCCUUCAAAACAUACCUAGGCCGCCCAUGGAAGAACUACUCGAGGACUGUUGUGAUGCAGUCCUUGAUAGGAAACCAUAUUGCCCCAACGGGAUGGGCUGAAUGGAAUGACGUGAGUAAGAGCUUUCUCCAAACAUUGUAUUACGGAGAAUAUAUGAACAGUGGACCUGGUGCUGGUACUGGCAAUAGAGUGAACUGGACUGGUUAUCAUGUCAUCAACGAUACUGCAGACGCGAGAAAGUUUACAGUUGCACAGCUCAUCCAGGGUAAUGUUUGGUUGAAGGACACAGGGGUGACCUUCAUUGAAGGCCUGUAG